CUCAUUUCCGCUCUUAGAUUCUAAUAGAGGAUCUCAAGAUGGCGUCGAGUGGAGGAGAUGGAGAACCUGAGUGGACCGCAGCCGUACGGCCACUUUUAUCAGCGUCCUACACGGCUUUCGAAACGAAAGAGCUACCUCAGCUUAUAGGAUCCAUCAUAAACAGUGAAUCUGAGAUUCUUCACCAUGACAAACAGUAUGAGCCAUUCUACUCCUCUUUUGUGGCACUAUCUGCACAUUACAUCACCACAGUUUGUGGACAAAUCCCCAGAAAUCAGUUGCUGUCAGUAGCUGCCGCAUGUAAAGUAUUGAUUGAAUUCUCAUUGCUCCGUCUGGAGAAUCCUGAUGAAGCAUGUGCGGUCUCUCAGAAGCACCUGAUCCUCUUAAUAAAAGGCCUUUGUACUGGCUGCAGUCGAUUGGAUCGGACAGAGAUCAUCACCUUUACUGCAAUGAUGAAGUCGGCCAAACUACCCCAAACUGUCAAGACCCUUUCUGAUGUGGAGGACCAGAAGGAGCUUCCCUCCCCUGUUAACCCUGAACUCAGACAAAAAGAAGUCCAAAUGAACUUUUUCAAUCAGCUGACCUCGGUCUUUAACCCUGACAUUACCGUGCUGGCCUCUCCAUCUGCUCACAUGCAGGGUGAGAAUGAAUGUGAUGACCAGACAACAACAGAUCAGGCAACGCAGGCCAAAAUGAAGAAUGCCUUCAUCUCUCAAAAUGUGUCCAGUUUACAAGAAUUAGGGGGCUCCGAGAAGUUGCUGCGCGUGUGCCUCAACCUUCCCUACUUCUUACGGUAUAUCAACCGCUUCCAGGAUGCGGUAUCUGCCAACUCUUUCUUCAUCAUGCCGGCCACUGUGGCAGAUGCCACCGCUGUCCGAAAUGGUUUUCACUCCCUGGUGAUUGAUGUGACCAUGGCCUUGGACACACUUUCCUUGCCUGUACUGGAGCCUUUGACCCCUGGGAGACUACUUGAUGUGACUGUGUUAGCACUAAGCUGCCUCUAUGCAGGUGUGAGUGUGGCAACUUGCAUGGCCAUACUGCAGGUGGGCAGCGGCUUGCAGCUUCGUGCGGCCUCCACUGGCUCCAAGGAGGAAGACUAUGAAAACGAUGCUGCUACCAUCGUGCAGAAAUGUCUGGAAAUCUAUGAGAUGAUUGGACAGGCCAUCAGUAACUCUCGCAGAGCUGGAGGAGAGCAUUAUCAGAACUUUCAGCUCUUGGGUGCCUGGUGCCUGUUGAACAGCCUGUAUUUGAUACUAAACCUGAGCCCCAUGGCCCUGGCUGAUAAAGGGAAGGAGAAAGAUCCCCUGGCAGCACUACGGGUCCGAGACAUCGCCACCCGAACCAAGGAAGGAGCAGGAUCUCCUAAACUUGGCCCAGGGAAAGGGGUUUGCUUGUGGUUUACUGAGCUAGUGUCAGGGCUGAGGAGUCUCAGGGACAUUCUUAGGCAGUUCCUGAGCACUGCACGCUGUAGUAGAAGGACAGCAGUCAGGCCUCCCCAGAGCUCAGAGUCAGAGAGAAGACAGGAGAGGACAAGAGCAGCUUGUUUCUCAGAUGAUGAUAGUGAGCCCAUUCUGGGGCUGUGGUUUGAAGAGACUAUUUCUCCCAGUAAAGAGAAGGUGGCACCUCCACCUCCCCCUCCACCCCCACCUCUGGAAACAUCCCCGAGACUCAAGAGCCCCAGCAAGCUGAACACGGCAGAGAACGGCAACAUCCUGGCUAGUCGCAAGGACCCGGAGUUGUUUUUGAGUUUGGCCUCAAGCAUACUGAACUUCAUCACCACCUCCAUGCUGAAGUCCAGAAACAAUUUCAUUCGCAACUACCUGAGCGUGUCUCUCACGGAGCAGCACAUGGCCACCCUCGCCAGCAUCAUCAAGGAUGUCGACAAAGAUGUCAAAGGGUCCUCUGAUGAAGAGUUCGCCUCUGCCCUCUAUCACUUUAAUCACUCUCUGGUAACAUCAGACCUGCCCUCUCCAUCCCUACAGAACACUCUUCUGCAGCAGUUGGGUGUAGCCCCAUUCUCAGAGGGCCCCUGGCCCAUGUACAUCCAUCCUCAGUCCCUCUCGGUGCUGUCCAGGUUACUGCUGAUCUGGCAGCAUAAAGCCAGCCAGCAGGGGGAGCCUGAUGUACCCGAGUGCAUGAAGGUCUGGGAAAGGUUUGUGGGCACUCUAAAACAGCACACACUACAGGGAGCAGUCCCUGCUGAUGAGGACCUCAACGUUGAACACCUUCAGCUGCUUCUGCUCAUCUUUCACAACUUCUCUGAAAAGGGCCGCCACAACAUCCUCACCCUCUGCAUGCAGGCCAUCACUGAAAUCACAGCCCAUGUGGAUUCUCAGCUUCAAGCUGUACCCCUCAACCUGGCCCGCAUCUUGCUUGUGUUCGACUACCUGCUGCACCAGUACUCAAAAGCUCCCAUGUACUUGUUUGAGCAGGUUCAGUACAAUCUUCUGACACCCCUGUCAUCUGGGGCCAGUUCAGGACAGGAUGGAGGAAAGAGAGGUGCCGUCCCACUUUAUUAUGGUUUCAAAGAGGUGGAGGAGAACUGGGCCAAGCACUGCUCGGCAGAUUCCACAGUACAGCCGAAAUUCUACUGCGUUCUGUCUCCUGAAGCCUCAGAGGAUGACAGGAGUCGACUUGAUGGCAAGGAGCUCGCAGAGGAAUACAUCGCCAGACAGAUCUCAUCGUUUUGCUGCGUGGACCCCAACAGCAUCCUACCUCUUCACCAAGUACCCUCUCUACAAACCAUCUACACAUUGGAUGCUGUGAUUUCCAAAGUGCAAGUGUCUUUAGAUGAGCAUUUCUCCAAAGUAGCUGCUGAUACAGACCCCCACAAAUCCUCAGAGAUCACCAAAAACCUGCUGCCCGCCACGCUGCAGCUCAUCGAAGUCUACACAGCCUUCACCAGGUCAUACCUUCUGAUGAGCCUGCCAGAGGAAGGAGAAAACAAACCCACAGAAGCUAAACUGCAGGGUUAUGCUGCUGUGUUGUCCAUUGGAUCCACGCGCUGCAAAGCCAAUUUGCUUGGUCAGACUGUGAUGCAGAAUCUGCCAUCAGCUGUUCAGACACUGUGUGAAACAUGGAACAACAUUCACACCAAUGAAUUCCCUAACUUUGGCUCAUGGCGGAACGCCUUUGCCAAUGACACCAUUCCAUCGGAAAGUUACAUCAGCGCCAUUCAGGCUGCCCACCUGGGGACCCUCAGCAACCAAUCGCUGCCCGUAGCCUCCUCGCUCAAACACAUUCUGCUCUCAUUAGUGCGCCUUACUGGGGACCUCAUUGUCACAGAGGAGCUGAACAGUCCACAGGUGAUCCGCACGCUGCUGCCUCUCCUGCUGGAGAGCAGCACAGAGAGCGUGGCAGAGAUCUGCAGCACUUCGCUGGAGAGGAUCUUGGGUCCUGCCGAAUCAGAUGCUUUCCUGGCUCUCGUCUACGAGCGCCUCAUCAGGGGCUGCUACAACAUCAUCGCCAAUCACUCUGACCCCAACAGUGGUCUGGAUGAGUCCAUUCUUGAAGAGUGUCUACAGUACUUGGAGAAACAGCUGGAAAGCAGUCAGGUCCGCAAAGCAAUGGAGGAGUUCUUCUCAUUCAGCGGAGAAUUGGUGCAGAUCAUGAUGGCCACUGCCAAUGAGAAUCUAUCAGCAAAGUUCUGUAACCGGGUUCUGAAAUUCUUCACUAAACUUUUCCAGCUCACGGAAAAGAGCCCCAAUCCCAGUCUUCUGUGCCUGUGCGGCUCGCUAGCCCAGCUGGCUUGCGUGGAGCCCACGAGGCUGCAGGCCUGGCUGAGGCGCAUGACGGCCUCCCCUCCUAAAGAUUCGGACCAGCUGGACACAGUGCAAGAGAAUAGACAGCUACUGCAACUCCUCACCUCCUACAUUGUCCGUGAUAACAGCCAGGUGGGCGAGGGCGUCUGCACUGUGCUUCUGAGCACUCUCAUACCCAUGGCAACAGAGAUGCUGGCCAGCGGGGAUGGGGCGGGCUUCCCUGAACUCAUGGUCAUCAUGGCCACUCUAGCCAGUGCGGGACAAGGAGCAGGACAUCUACAGCUACACAGAGCUGCCAUUGACUGGCUCACGAGAUGUAAAAAAUACUUGUAUCAGAAGAAUGUCGUGGAAAAAGUUACAGCCAAUGUGUCACAAGGCAAGCAUGCAAGCAUGCUGGAGUGUGCCUGCCACAUCAUUUCCUACCUGGCAGAUGUGAUGAAUGCUUUAAGGCAGAGCAGCGGCCAGGGCUCAUCCCAGCUCUUGAUGGAGGGAGAGGAAAAGGCUAUUGAAGUUGACUCUGACUGGGUGGAGGAGCUGGCUGUAGAGGAGGAAGACUCACAGGCUGAAGACUCGGAUGAGGAUUCGCUCUGCAAUAAGCUAUGCACCUUCACCAUCACACAAAAGGAGUUCAUGAACCAGCACUGGUAUCACUGUCACACUUGUAAGAUGGUGGAUGGGGUAGGUGUGUGCACAGUGUGUGCUAAGGUCUGUCACAAAGAUCAUGAGAUCUCCUAUGCCAAAUACGGCUCUUUCUUCUGUGACUGCGGUGCCAAGGAGGAUGGCAGCUGCCAGGCUCUAGUGAAAAGAAGUCCCAGCAGUGGGAUGAGCUCCACCAUGAAGGAGUCCUUGGCGUUCCAGAGCGAGCUGCGCAUGCCAGAGAGCGCCAUCCGUCACCAGAGCUCCUCACCCGCGGACAAGGGAAAAGUCACCAUCUGUGACGGCAAAAGCAGCGACGACGACAAACCUAAGAAGAGCAGCGUGUGUAAAAACAUUGAGGGCUGCAGAGAGGAUCUACUCAUCCAAGUGGCGAGCUCCUCCACUGCAGCCCUGGUGCUGGAGUUGCUCAUUUUCCUAAUGGAUGCCAUUCAGACCAAUUUCCAGCAGGCAUCGGCGGUGGGUAGCAGCAGCCGGGCUCAACACGCUCUCAACGAAUUACACACUCAAGACAAGACUGUUGAGAUGACAGACCAGCUCAUGGUUCCCACACUGGGCUCACAAGAGGGCGCUUUUGAGAACGUCAGGAUGAACUACAGUGGAGAUCAAGGACAGACCAUCCGCCAGCUCAUCAGCGCCCAUGUGCUGCGUCGGGUGGCCAUGUGUGUGCUGUCGUCCCCUCACGGACGCAGACAACACCUCGCUGUCAGCCAUGAGAAGGGCAAGAUCACGGUCCUGCAGUUGUCUGCGCUGUUGAAGCAGGCUGACUCCAGUAAGAGGAAACUGACUCUGACUCGCCUGGCCUCCGCUCCAGUCCCCUUCACAGUGCUCAGCCUCACAGGAAACCCCUGUAAUGAGGACUAUCUGGCAGUGUGUGGACUCAAGGACUGCCACGUUCUGACUUUCAGCAGCACAGGCUCUGUCUCAGAUCACUUAGUCCUGCAUCCUCAACUUGCCACUGGAAACUUCAUCAUCAAGGCCAUAUGGCUUCCUGGAUCACAGACUGAAUUGGCUAUCAUCACUGCUGAUUUUGUCAAGAUUUAUGACUUAUCUGUAGAUGCCCUGAGCCCCAUGUACUACUUCCUGCUACCAAGUUCAAAGAUCAGAGAUGCCACAUUCCUGUUCAAUGAGGAGGGCAAAAACAUCAUUGUGAUCAUGUCCUCAGCUGGAUACAUGUACACUCAGGUGAUGGACGAGUCCAGCAGUGCCCAGCAUGGCCCUUUCUAUGUCACCAACGUUCUGGAGAUCAACCACGAGGACCUGAAGGACAGUAAUGGCCAGGUGGCUGGAGGCGGAGUCUCUGUGUAUUACUCCCACGUCCUGCAGAUGCUCUUCUUCAGCUACAGUCAGGGCAAGUCAUUUGCUGCCACAGUGAGCUGCAGCAACAUGGAAACACGGAGACUCUUUACCAUCAAUGUCAAAGGAUCUAAUGGAAGUAGUAAGACAUCUCCAGCACUCUGUCAGUGGUCAGAAGUGAUGAACCACCCAGGUUUGGUGUGCUGUGUCCAGCAGACCACAGGCAUCCCUCUGGUCAUCAUGGUAAAACCAGACACGUUCCUCAUCCAGGAGAUCAAAACCCUGCCUGCAAAAGCUAAGAUUCAGGACAUGGUUGCGAUCCGUCACACAGCAAGCAACGAGCAGCAGCGCACCACCAUGAUUCUGCUGUGUGAAGAUGGCAGCCUCCGUAUAUACAUGGCCAACGUGGAGAACACGUCCUAUUGGCUCCAGCCCUCCCUUCAGCCUAGCAGUGUGAUCAGCAUCAUGAAACCAGUCCGCAAACGCAAGGCAGCCACGGCCACCACACGCACAUCCAGCCAAGUUACUUUCCCUGUGGACUUUUUCGAGCACAAUCAGCAGCUAACAGAGGUGGAGUUUGGAGGCAAUGACCUGCUGCAGGUCUACAACGGCCAACAGAUCAAACACCGCCUGAACUCUACAGGGAUGUAUGUGGCCAACACCAAGCCUGGAGGUUUCACAGUGGAAGUAGUGAACAAUAACAACUCAAUGGUGAUGACGGGAAUGAGGGUGCAGGUGGGCACUCAGGCCAUUGAGCGAGCUCCCUCUUACAUUGAAAUCUUUGGACGUACCAUGCAGUUGAACCUGACCCGCUCCCGCUGGUUUGACUUCCCUUUCACUCGUGAGGAAGCCCUUCAGGCAGACAAGAAGCUCUCAAUUUUCAUUGGUGCUUCAGUUGACCCAGCAGGUGUCACCAUGCUGGACUCCAUUAAGAUUUAUGGCAAAACCAAAGAGCAGUUCGGCUGGCCAGAUGAGCCGCCUGAGGACUUCCCUUCAGCUGCAGUCAACAACGUGUGUAGCCCCAACCUAAACCAGAGCAAUGGCACCGGAGACAGUGACAUCACCAGCCCCAUCACAACAAGCGGCACUGUACUGGAGAGGUUGGUGGUCAGCUCACUGGAAGCUCUAGAGAACUGCUUUGCUGUGGGUUCCCCCAAUGAAAAGGAGAAAAAUAAAGCUACUGCUCUAGAGUUGGCCACUCUCCUCCUGUCCAUCCCCACUCCUGCUGGAGUACAACAGCAGACCAAAGGCCUUCUGGCUAGCCUGCACACCAGCCGCACAGCCUACCACAACCACAAGGAUCAGUCUCUGCUGAGCAAUGCAGUACAGUGUCUGAACAGCUGUAGUAAAGAAGGGAAGGAGCUAGACCCUGAUGUGUUCCAGAGGCUGGUGAUUACAGCCCGCUCCAUCGCCAUCAUGAGACCCAACAACCUCGUGCACUUCACCGAGUCCAGACUUCCUCAGUCAGACACUGAUAUAGGUGAUGAUGGGAAGGAUGGACUGAAACAAGCUGAUACUGAGAGUUGUAGCUUCAUCAUGCAGCUGGUCACUAACUUCUGGAAGCUUCAUUCUCUCAAACCCAAGAACGCAUUUUUGGCUCCCGCCUGUUUGCCAGGUCUAACUCACAUUGAAGCCACAGUCAAUGCACUGGUUGAUAUCAUUCACGGUUACUGCACCUGUGAGCUGGAUUACAUCAAUGUGGCAUCUAAAAUCUACAUGCAGAUGCUGCUCUGCCCUGACACCUCUGUGAGCUUUGCAUGCAAACAGGCUCUGAUUAGAGUUUUGAGACCCAGAAACAAACGCAGACAUGUGACCUUGCCUUCUCCCCCUCGCUCCAACACACCCAUGGGAGAUAAAGAUGACGACGAUGAUGAUGAUGCUGACGAGAAGAUGCAGUCCUCAAACCUGACGGGAGGGGAAGGCGGCAGGCAGGAGAGUCAAGAGCAAAGCGAGGUGGACCACGGAGACUUUGAGAUGGUGUCUGAAUCUAUGGUCCUGGAGACAGCAGAGAAUGUGAACAAUGGAAACCCUUCUCCACUAGAAGCUCUGCUGGCAGGGGCGGAGGGCUUCCCACCCAUGCUGGACAUCCCUCCAGACGCUGAUGAUGAGACCAUGGUGGAGCUGGCUAUAGCUCUUAGUCUGCAACAAGACCAGCAAGGCAGCAGCAGCAGUGCUUUGGGUCUACAGAGUCUGGGUCUAUCCGGUCAGGCCCCAAGCUCCUCAUCCCUGGAUGCAGGAACCCUUUCAGACACCACUGCAUCAGCCCCAGCCUCGGAUGAUGAGGGGAGCACAGCGGCCACAGACGGCUCCACGCUGCGCACCUCUCCCGCCGAGCACGGGGGCAGUGUAGGCUCUGAGAGCGGAGGCAGCGCUAUCGACUCGGUUGCAGGAGAACACAAUGUGUCUGGCCGCAGCAGUGCUUAUGGGGACACGACUGUUGAAGGACACCCUGCAGGGCCGGGCAGCGUGAGCUCCAGCACAGGAGCCAUCAGCACCACCACGGCCCAGCAUGAAGGAGACGGAUCAGAGGGUGAAGGAGAGACAGAGGGCGACAUCCACACCAGCAACAGGUUGCACAUGGUGCGUUUGAUGCUCUUGGAGCGUCUCUUGCAGCACCUGCCCCAGCUCCACACUGUAGGUGGAGUUCAUGCCAUCCCCUACAUGCAGGUCAUCCUCAUGCUGACCACAGAUCUGGACGGAGAGGACGAGAAAGACAAAGGAGCGCUAGAUGACCUUCUAGCCCAGCUCAUCGCAGAGCUCUGCAUGCACAAGAAGGAUGUCUCAAAGAAGAAUGAGCGCAGCUCAAUAAACGAGGUGCACCUGGUCAUAAUGAGGCUACUCAGUGUCUUCAUGUCCCGCACAAAGUCUGGCUCAAAAUCCUCCUCUGAGUCGUCUUCUCUCAUCUCCAACGCAACAGCUACCGCUCUGCUCAGCAUGGGAGCGAUAGACUACUGCCUGCAUGUGCUCAAAUCCCUGCUGGAGUUCUGGAAGACUCAGCAGGGUGAGGAGGAGCCAGCGGCCACCAGUCAGCUCCUAAAACCCCACACUUCCUCCUCACCCCCAGACAUGAGCCCCUUCUUCCUGCGCCAGUAUGUCAAGGGCCAUGCUGCUGAUGUGUUUGAAGCAUACUCUCAGCUUCUCACUGAGAUGGUCCUCCGACUGCCGUACCAGAUCAAGAAAAUCGCCGACGCCAACCCGCGCAUCCCACCGCCAAUCUUUGAUCACUCCUGGUUCUAUUUCCUGUCAGAGUAUCUGAUGAUCCAGCAGACGCCAUUCGUGAGGCGACAAGUGCGGAAGCUCCUGCUUUUCAUCUGCGGAUCCAAAGAGAAGUACCGUCAACUCAGAGACCUCCAUACGCUUGACUCCCACAUGCGUGGCAUCAAGAAGCUUCUGGAGGAGCAGGGCAUCUUCCUGAGGGGAGGAAUUGUCACUGCGACAUCUGGCUCCGCUCUACAGUAUGACACUCUCAUUAGUCUGAUGGAGCACCUUAAAGCUUGUGCUGAAAUUGCCACUCAGAGAACGAUCAACUGGCAGAAGUUCUGCAUGAAGGAUGACUCGGUGUUGUACUUCCUGCUGCAAGUCAGUUUCCUGGUGGAUGAGGGUGUUUCUCCAGUCCUGCUGCAGCUGCUCUCUUGCGCUUUAUGUGGCAGUAAAGUCCUGGCGGCCUCCUCUGGAGCUUCAGGUGGAGGUUCAUCUCAGCCCUCUCAGAGCAAAUCCUCCAGCAAGAAGAGCAAGAAAGAGGAUAAGGAAAAAGACAAAGAAGGAGAUGGAGCUGGCAGUCAGGAAGAUCAGCUAUGUAUGGCUCUGGUCAGUCAGCUCAAUAAAUUUGCAGAUAAGGAGACACUUAUUCAGUUCCUGCGUUGCUUCCUGCUCGAGUCCAACUCUUCAUCUGUGCGCUGGCAAGCCCACUGCCUCACGCUGCAUAUCUACAGGAACUCAAACAAAUCCCAGCAGGAGUUGCUGCUCGACCUAAUGUGGGCCAUUUGGCCAGAACUACCCGCUUAUGGUCGUAAAGCAGCUCAGUUUGUGGACCUGCUCGGAUACUUCUCCCUUAAAACACCUCAAACGGAAAAGAAGCUGAAGGAAUACUCUCAAAAGGCUGGAGAAAUUUUGAGGGCACAGAACCACAUCCUGACCAAUCAUCCCAAUUCAAACAUAUACAACACCCUGUCUGGACUGGUGGAAUUUGAUGGAUUUUACCUGGAGAGUGAUCCCUGUUUAGUGUGCAACAAUCCUGAAGUGCCCUUCUCUAACAUCAAACUCUCAUCUAUCAAAGUGGACACACGUUACACCACCACUCAGCAAGUGGUGAAGCUGAUUGGCAGCCACACUAUCAGCAAAGUCACUGUGAAGAUUGGCGAUCUCAAGAGAACCAAGAUGGUUCGCACAAUCAACCUCUACUACAACAACAGGACCGUCCAGGCCAUAGUAGAGCUGAAGAACAAACCUGCUCGCUGGCACAAAGCUAAGAAGGUGCAGUUAACUCCUGGCCAAACUGAAGUGAAGAUCGACCUCCCUCUCCCCAUUGUGGCCUCCAACUUGAUGAUCGAAUUCUCUGAUUUCUAUGAGAACUACCAGGCAUCUACGGAGACCCUGCAGUGUCCGCGUUGCAGCGCCUCUGUCCCUGCCAACCCAGGGGUCUGUGGCAACUGUGGAGAGAAUGUGUAUCAGUGCCACAAGUGCAGAUCCAUUAAUUACGACGAGAAGGACCCGUUCCUGUGCAAUGCCUGUGGUUUCUGUAAAUAUGCACGCUUUGACUUCAUGCUGUAUGCAAAACCCUGCUGUGCUGUGGAUCCUAUAGAAAAUGAAGAGGAUAGGAAAAAGGCUGUGACCAACAUCAACACUCUACUCGACAAGGCUGACCGCGUUUACCACCAGCUCAUGGGUCACCGGCCGCAGCUGGAGAGUCUGUUGUCCAAAGUAAAUGAGGCUGCACCUGAGAAACCACAGGAUGAUACAGGAGCAGGCGCUGGUCUCGGUACCUCCACUGCCAGUGUCAAUCGGUACAUUCAUCAGCUGGCACAGGAAUACAGCGGAGACUGCAAGACUUCAUUCGAUGAGCUCUCCAAAAUCAUCCAGAAAGUGCUUGCAUCGCGUAAGGAGCUGCUGGAGUAUGACCUGCAACAGCGGGAAGCUGCUACCAAAUCAUCCCGCACCUCCACCCAACCCACCUUCACAGCAAGCCAGUAUCGAGCGCUCUCUCGCUCUCUGUGCGAUACACGUCUCUCUGUGCUGGGAUGCGGAUACACGUCCUCCACCAAAUGUUACGGCUGUGCGUCCGCAGUCACGGGCCACUGCAUCACUCUACUGCGUGCGCUGGCAACCAAUACUGCCAUCAGGCAGAUCCUGGUACUGCAGGGUCUCAUCCGAGAGCUGUUUGAGUACAACCUGCGCCGAGGCACUGGAGCCAUGAGGGAGGAGGUCCGCCAGCUCGUCUGUUUGCUUACCAGAGAUCAUCCAGAAGCCACACAGCAGAUGAAUGACCUCAUUAUUGCCAAGGUGUCAGCUGCCCUUAAAGGUCACUGGGCUAACCCCGAUCUGGUCAGUAGUUUGCAGUAUGAAAUGCUGCUUCUUACAGACUCCAUUGCUAAGGAGGGAGGAUGCUGGGAGCUCAGACUUCGCUGUGCACUGAGUCUGUUCUUGAUGGCGGUGAAUAUAAAGACCCCUGUGGUGGUGGAGAACAUUACACUGAUGUGCCUGAGGAUCCUGCAGAAACUCAUCAAACCUCCUGCCCCCACCAGCAAGAAAAACAAGGAUGCUGCCAUCGAAUCCCUGACUACAGUUAAGCCAUAUAACAACGAGAUCCAUGCACAGGCCCAGCUCUGGCUCAAAAAAGACCCCAAGGCAUCUUAUGAAGCCUGGAAAAUGUGCCUUCCUGCUAGAUGUCAGGAAACAGUCUCUAAACCUUUGAAUAAGGCUGAAAUCAGGAGGCAGUACCUGAUGGAGAAGUACAUGUGGAAGUGGAAGCAGUUCAUGAGAUCCAGAUCAGAGGGCCUGUUCCCUCGGCUGCUCAAGCUGGGUCAUAACAACUGGCUGAGACAGGUGCUCUUCACCCCAGCCACCCAGGCAGCGAGACAGGCGGCUUGCACCAUUGUCGAAGCUCUAACAACAAUCCCCAGCCGCAAACAGCAGGUUCUGGACCUUCUAACAAGUUAUCUGGAUGAGCUGAGCAUUGCAGGGGAGUGUGCUGCAGAGUACCUGGCUUUGUACCAGAAGCUCAUCAAACCUGCUCACUGGAAGGUUUACCUGGCUGCUCGUGGUGUCCUACCAUACAUCGGCAACCUCAUCACCAAGGAAAUUGCUCAUCUUCUCGCCCUUGAAGAAGCCACACUAAACACAGACUUACAGCAGGGAUAUGCCCUCAAGAGCUUGACAGGCUUGCUGUCCUCAUUCGUGGAGGUGGAGUCCAUUAAGCGUCACUUUAAGAGUCGGUUGGUUGGCACGGUCCUUAAUGGCUACCUGUGCUUAAGGAAGUUGGUGGUCCAGAGAACCAAACUGAUCGAUGAGACCCAGGACAUGCUGCUGGAGAUGUUGGAAGACAUGACUACAGGGACAGAGUCUGAGACCAAAGCAUUCAUGGCUGUGUGCAUCGAAACUGCGAAGCGGUACAACCUAGAUGAUUAUCGCACCCCUGUCUUCAUCUUCGAGAGGUUAUGUAGCAUAAUUUAUCCGGAGGAAAAUGAGGUGACCGAGUUCUUUGUUACUCUGGAGAAGGACCCACAGCAGGAGGACUUCCUGCAGGGCCGUAUGCCAGGAAACCCAUACAGCAGUAAUGAACCAGGCAUCGGCCCUCUCAUGAGGGACAUCAAGAACAAAAUCUGCCAGGACUGUGAUCUUGUGGCAUUACUAGAGGACGACAGCGGCAUGGAGCUCCUUGUGAAUAACAAGAUCAUCAGUUUGGAUCUGUCUGUUGUUGAAGUCUAUAAGAAGGUUUGGUGCCCCACCAAUGAGGGUGAGCCAAUGAGGAUCAUCUACAGAAUGAGGGGGCUUCUGGGUGAUGCAACAGAGGAGUUCAUUGAGUCUUUGGACUCAACUACAGAUGAAGAGGAGGAUGAUGAGGAGGUAUAUAAGAUGGCUGGAGUGAUGGCGCAGUGUGGAGGUCUGGAGUGCAUGUUGAACAGGCUCUCUGGAAUUAAAGAUUUCAAACAGGGCAGGCACCUUCUCACAGUUCUCCUCAAGUUAUUUAGCUACUGUGUGAAAGUGAAAAUCAACAGGCAGCAGCUGGUGAGACCAGAGAUGAACACACUAAAUGUUAUGUUGGGCACGUUGAAUCUGGCAUUGGUGGCAGAGCAGGAGAGCAAGGACAGUGGAGGAGCAUCCAUAGCAGAGCAGGUUCUUAGUAUUAUGGAGAUCAUCCUGGAUGAGGCCAAUGCUGAAACUGUGUCUGAAGACAAGGGUAACCUGCUGCUGACGGGUGAUAAGGACCAGCUGGUGAUGCUGCUGGACCAGAUCAACACAUUGUUUGUGCGUUCCAAUCCCAGUGUCCUACAGGGGCUACUCCGCAUCAUCCCUUACCUGUCCUUCGGUGAACUAGAGAAGAUGCACAUCCUGGUCGAGCGCUUUAAACCCUGCUGCAACUUCGACAAGUAUGAUGAGGAGCACAGUGCAGAUGACAAGGUCUUUCUGGACUGCUUCUGUAAAAUAGCUGCUGGAAUCAAGAAUAAUAGUAAUGGCCAUCAACUGAAAGACCUCAUCUUACAGAAGUGCAUCACUCAGAGUGCUCUGGACUAUAUGAAGAAACAUAUCCCCUGUGCUAAGAACCUGGAUGCAGACGUUUGGAAGAAGUUUCUUGCUCGACCAGCCCUUCCGUUCAUCCUUAGACUGCUGCGUGGUUUGGCCACCCAGCACCCCCCUACACAGAUGCUAAUCGGAACCGAUUCAAUAACCAAUUUGCACAAGCUGGAGCAGGUGUCCAGUGACGAGGGUAUCGGCACUUUAGCAGAGAAUCUUCUGGAGGCACUAAGGGAACACGCAGAGGUUAACCUGAAGAUCGACGCUGCCCGAAGGGAGACUCGGGCAGAGAAGAAACGUAUGGCCAUGGCGAUGAGGCAGAAAGCUCUAGGCACCCUGGGAAUGACAACCAAUGAGAAGGGUCAGGUGGUGACCAAGACGUCCCUGCUUAAACAGAUGGAGGAGCUCAUAGAAGAACCUGGGUUGACUUGCUGUAUUUGUAGAGAGGGCUACAAGUUCCAGCCUACCAAAGUUCUGGGCAUCUACACAUUUACAAAGCGUGUGGCCCUUGAGGAGUUCGAGAACAAACCCCGCAAGCAGCAGGGCUACAGCACUGUCUCACACUUUAACAUAGUUCACUAUGACUGUCACCUUGCUGCUGUCAGGCUUGCCAGAGGGCGUGAGGAAUGGGACAGUGCCGCACUACAAAAUGCCAACACAAAGUGCAAUGGGCUCCUACCGGUUUGGGGGCCACACGUACCCGAAUCUGCCUUCGCCACCUGCCUGGCAAGGCACAACACAUAUCUGCAAGAGUGCACUGGGCAAAGGGAACCCACGUACCAGCUCAACAUUCACGAUACCAAGCUGCUGUUCCUGCGCUUUGCUAUGGAGCAGUCCUUCAGUGCGGACACAGGGGGAGGAGGCUGCGAGAGCAACAUCCACCUUAUCCCUUACAUCAUUCACACCGUUCUCUAUGUCCUUAACACAACAAGGGCCACGUCACGGGAGGAGAAGAAUCUUCAAAGCUUCUUAGAACAGCCUUGUGAAAAGUGGAUGGAGACUUCGUACGAGGUGGACGGGCCGCACUACUUCACCAUAUUGGCCAUGCACAUCCUGCCACCAGAGCGCUGGGGGGCUACGCGUCUUGACUUCCUGCGUAGGCUGCUGGUCACUUCUCAUGCCCGCAAGGUCUCACCAGGGGGUGCUAACAAGUUCACAGACAAAGCAGUGAAGGAGUAUGCUGUCUACCGCUCACCGCUUCUCUUCUGGGGUCUGGUGCAUCUUGUCUUUGAUAUGUUCAGGAAAGUGCCCACCAGUAACACAGAGGGAGGCUGGUCCUUCUCGCUUGCAGAGUACGUAAGGCACAAUGACAUGCCCAUCUAUGAGGCUUCAGAAAGGGUGUUGAGGGCUUUCCAGGAUGAGCUCAUGCCUGCUGAAUCCUUCUCAGAGUUCCUGGAUGUCGUAGGUCUUCUGUCAGACAUCCCAGACCCUGACGCCUUCCUGCAGGACCUGUUGAACUCUGUGCCCUGAUGGCACACAUUUAUGCACCUCACUUAUGGACUCGUGAGCUCUCUGUCCAGUGCAGGUGUUCCUUAAACACGGAGUCUGUCCGCUACCCGGACACAGCUAUUCGCAACUCCAUAAGGACACCUUUCAAUCGGAGCCCAGGCUCCCAAAACUUCUAUCAGCUCGCAUACACACUCAUUCACCUCCACUUCUGCUCUUGAUCUCCGCGUGGGUUCAUUCAGUUAUAGCUCUCUCCUAAACAAGAAAGUGACAUGUAGCCUGACGAGUUAAUGCGCAUUUAAUCUACAAUGGUUUUGUAACACCUAAUACACACAAACACCAUGCUGUUUUGAUCCGACAUUUUGCAGGUAAUCUUCAUAAUUCAUAAACAACCUUUAUGGCUUUUAUUUUCCCCCUUGUUUUUUUUUUAUGGUGGUUUUUGACUCAAGUUCUAAAUUGGCUAAGAGUUACAGAUUCACACAAGAACUAAUCUCUUGUCAUCUUGUUCUAUGUUUCUGGAUUUUUUUUUUUUUUGCAGUGGUGUUCUAUGAAUUGUUUGCAGUUUGUGAGAAAGGCCUGACAGUGGUUCUGUGAUGCGAUGCAAAUGUGUGACGAUUGUUUUUCAUGUGUAAAUGGUUAAAGAGUGAGAUGAAAGCUUGUUUAAUGUGUUAUUCCCAAGAAAUGGAAAUACUUUGUUUUGUAAAGGGUUUUACCUGCAUCAACAAUGAAACAAAGAUAAAGAGAAUAAAAAGGGCCUGCAUAUUUAUUUUGGGAGCCUUUUUUGUGUUUUUUUUUUUUCAAAAUCACGAUACUAAAUUUAUUUUUCGUUUUGUCUUCCAUGUGACCGUAAUUCACACCGUAAUAUUCCACAGAUUCAAGAUUUUCCCCAGAGCAAGUUGUGCUUCUGGUAAGCAAGGUGCCACUGAGAGAAGAGUCUCAGUGAUUUUAAGUUUAUUCUUCUAAUAUAAACACACCUGCGAUAGGGUGUUCUUGAGCUGAAUGCAUGGUGUGAAGUUUGUUUUAAAACAAGAAAAACCCAGUUAGUGUUUAUUCGCCUAUUCCCGCUGCUACAAUGUUCAACUGUUGCUGAAUGUCUGCUUUUUGAAUUAGCUCAACUUAAUAAAGGUGUAAGA